AUGGAAACACCUAACGAUUCAGGAACAAAAAUGCUCUCCUAUUCAACUCUUGACCUUCAUAACAAGUAUCUGGAGAAAGCCGAUGAUGAUUUUUUCUAUCAUUUCGGAUUCGGGACGAAAAAUGUGCAUAUCCCUAAAUUGUUUGGAGAUACUAAGUUUAUCUGCACUGGCGGUUCACCAACGAGAAUGAAACUAUACGCUGAGUGGUUCUCGAAAGAAUGCGGUCUCCAAUGCAGCGAAAAUCUUUCAAGAAGUGAUCGUUUUGUUCUGUACAAAACUGGCAAAGUGGUGUGGGUUAAUCACGGCAUAGGAGCUCCAUCGCUAAGUACCAUUCUCGUUGAAAUGUUAAAAAUUAUGCAUCACGCUAAAGCAGAAGAUGUUACAUUUAUUCGUCUUGGAACUUCUGGUGGCGUUGGCGUUGAGCCAGGCACAGUCGUCGUUACCACGGCCGCAAUGAAUGGUGAACUUACUGAUAAAUACAAUCAAUGGAUUGACGGAACAAAGGUAGAGCGCGAUACCCGGCUUGACGAAGAUCUUCGCAAAAAACUUCUAGCAGUAGCUGCAGAAAAGAAAAUCCCUGUAGAAGCUGGUCUUACUCUAUGUGCUGAUGAUUUUUACGAAGGCCAAAUGCGUCUUGACGGCUUCUUUUGCGAGUAUGACCCGGAAGAGAAACUUGGCUUCCUUAAGAAGAUCUAUGAAAAAGGUGUACGAAACAUUGAAAUGGAAUCCACGUGCUUUGCGUCAAUGACAUAUCGUGCUGGUGUAAAAGCGGCGAUUGUCUGUGUGACACUGCUGAAUCGCAUGAAGAGUGACCAAGUGAAGAUUAGGCAAGAUCAAUACAUGGAAUUUGAGGAACGACCUUUCCGUUUGGUCACUGCAUUUAUUAGAAAACAACUUGGAUACUGA